UAUUAUCAUUUAUUACAUUCUUGCAACAUAGUCCACAACAACCUAAGGCCUAACUAAAAAAAGUAGAAAUAAAGACUAUGUCCCAACUGCCGGUAGAGCUGGUGUUCAUCCCCUCGCCGGGGCUGAGCCACCUCGUCUCCACCAUCGAGGCCGCCAAGCUCCUCCUCGUCCGCGGCGGCAACCGCCUCGCCGUCACUGUCCUCAUCAUCAAGUUACCUAAGGGAGCAGAUGAUCAAAAAGAAAAGAUUUCUUCCAUCAUGGAAGGAACUAUUCCUCGCCUUCGAUUCGUUGAAUUGCCCGAUGACCAUAACAUCCAACCCGGGUCGCCGACAUUUCUCUUUGACUAUAUCGACAACCACGCCGAUAAGAUUCGACAAUUCUUGUCGGAGAUGAUCGAGAAGCCUCUUGUCCCCGGCACCCAACUAGCCGGCCUUGUUCUCGAUAUGUUUUGCACGAGUUUUAUUCAGGUGGGUAACGAAUUUAGCAUUCCAUCCUACGUGUUCUUCACUUCAGGAGCAUUAACUCUCGGCACAUUCUACGACCUCGUUUCACUCAAAUUCGAACAAAAUCAGGACCUGGCACAGUACAAGGAUUCCCACGUCGAACUGUCCUUGAAUUGCGCCUCUCACCCUAUCCCCGUCAAAUUAUUUCCUACAAUCUUUUUCGAGGGCAGCUCCGUCGCAGAUCUCUUCCUCGGAUACUUCCAGAAAAUGACCGAUACCAAAGGAGUUCUCGUCAACACAUUCUACGACCUCCAAAAAUACACACUUGAUUCUUUGUCGGCUCAUUACAAUAAGUACCCCAAGGUUUACCCGAUCGGACCAAUUUUGAAGGACAAUCAUGACGGCUCCGGCGGUAAUCCGCCGGAAAAUGAUGUAAUAAAGUGGCUGGACGAUCAGCCGGAGGAUUCGGUGGUGUUUUUAUGCUUCGGGACGAUGGGGGCAUUCGAAGAAGCUCAGGUGAGGGAAUUCGCCAAGGCUCUGGAAGAUUCCGGAAGCAGAUUUGUGUGGUCGUUGCGGAAGCCGUCGGGAGAGAAGUCGAUUCGGCUUUCCGGUGAGUACGGCAGCUUCGACGAGGUUUUGCCGGAGGGUUUUCUGGAGCGGACGGCGGCGGCGGGGCGGGUGAUCGGGUGGGCCCCGCAGGUGGCGGUGCUGGCGCACGCGGCGGUGGGGGGUUUCGUGUCGCACUGCGGGUGGAACUCGGUGCUGGAGACCGUGUGGCACGGCGUUCCGGUGGCGGCGCUGCCGCUGUACGCGGAGCAGCAUAUGAAUGCGUUCGAGCUGGCGACGGAGUUGGGGAUCGCGGAGGUGAUCAGGAGUGACUACAAAACGGAUUCGAGUAAGAAGGCGGAGGUUAUUCCGGCGGGGGAGAUCGAGGCGGCGAUCCGGCGGGUGAUGGCGGCGGAGAGCGGCGUGAGGGAGAAAAUGAAGGAGAUGCAGAGGAAGAGCCGAGAGGCUUUGAAGGAAGGCGGAUCGUCGUACGCGUCGCAAAUGGAGUUUCUACAAGAUGUGUUGAGGAACGUUGGAUUGGAAUAAUAGGUUUAUGAUGGCCUCAUAGUAUUAGAUUCCAUCGAGGUUUAUCCAGUGCGCAGUUUCGACUAGUGUUGCAGUUUUUCACGUCAUCCAAAAAAAUAAAAAAUGGUAUUGAAACGGUUGUGGGAAGAAUUCACACUGUCUGCACUAUAUUGAUUUAAUAUCAACUUUUUGAUUAUUUA